AUGGGGCAGUGGGGCCUCCACCUGGCUGAAGGGCAGGCCGUGGCCAGCUGCGGCCACCAGUGCACUCACGCCGGACAGCCGGGUGGCUCCCUGGCCUCCACCUGUAAUGCAGAUGCUCAUAUUUGCCCCUUCUGCCCCUCUCUCUACGAGGGAGCGUCGGCUGGUUCUCCUGUGAGCCCCAAGGCAGCCACACCACCCCUAGGCACCCAGGCCCACGCCAGAUGUGAAGCUCAAGUGAAUCUGCUGGAUGGUGCCCUUGUGCUGGCCCUGCCCCCACAGCUGGUGACGACCACACAGCCGAGCGUGAUGACCAAGAAAAGCGAUCCCAGCCGGGACAACCAGGAUGCCAGCACCCGUGCAGGCCUGCAGCUUGCAAACUGCAAGCCCAAGAGUCACGCCAGCCCCAUCCAGCCCGUGCCCUGGAGCAGGGAGGACGAGCUGCACCAGCUGCGCUUGGCCGAGCAGGAGUAUUCUCUGCAGCGCACCGGGGAGCAGGGCUUUGAGAUGAAUGGCUGAGCCCUGUGCAUCCUCACCAAGCACGACUUCCCACUCCGCUUCCUGGGUUCAGGUGCCGUUCUGUAUGAGUUACUCCAGUGCAUCCAGACCCAGCGGCAAGCCCUGGCGUGUGGGCCCUUAGGGGAUCGGGCCCUCUCAGGUGGCCCCCCAAGCGGCCUCCUGCAGCAGCCACCAAACCCAAGGCUUGCCAGUUCCUUGAGCCACCUGGAUGCCCUUGGCCCAGCCAGCUGGCCCCUCAGCAGGCAGAAGUCCCUCAACUUAUCUCACUGGGCAGAGCUCGAAUAGGGAGUCUGCUCCUUCCCCACGAUGCCACAGGACCCCAUCGACGACAGGAUCACUGACUGCCGGCUGCUGUGGGAUUACGCGUAUCAGCUGCUCUCUGACACCAGGUACGAGCCCUACAUCAAGCGGGAAGAUAAGAACACCAAGAUCUUCUGAGUUGUGGAUCCAAACGAGCUCACCAGACUCUGGGAAAACCACAAGAACUGGGUGAACAUGACCUACGGGAAGAUGUCACAUGCCGUGUGCCCCUCCUAUAACCUGAACAUCAUUAAGAAGGAACUCAGGGGCUUCCCUGGACUGCCUGAAAACCCUCUGCAGCUGGGGCAGGGGCGGAUUUGCAGCUGGGGCCUGAAUUCUAGACUUCUGAAGACACUCAGGAAGAUCAGCGAGGGCGAGGGCAGUGGCAGGGAGCUCCUGGGGAGCCAGGGGCAGGACAGGGUGGGCUUUAAGGAGGAGAUGCUGGAAGUCUCUCUGUGA